AUGGUCUUUGUCAAGCGUAAACCCGUCAUCUAUUACCCACUCCCCUCCCUCGCCGAGGUCUUACAACCUGUUCAGCCUGCCCAAACCAAUGACUCCGCCUCAGCAUCGUCUCCGGCGCCGUACGACAAGGCCGACAAGUCGAACGAGCAGGUUGCCGAGCUGGCCCCUCUACCUCCGGAUGGGAAGAAUGAGGAGGAGCAGAUGGACAAAUUGUUGACUGUCUUUCGAGGAGAUUUUCCGGGAGCUUCAGGGAACGUAGGACCUGGUAAAGGCAAACGUGCGGGUGUGCGCGUCCUGAAUCACCAUCUCAACAACGGAGCGGCAGCCUCCUCUCCUGCCAAUGGGAGCAAAGUCAAUGAAUCAGCUCAGGACGGAGAAGCCGAGACAGGGGACGCUGGGCCUAUAACUUGGAGAAUAUGGGAUAGAGAGAGCUUCUUCAUCCCCGCUACUGGAGAGAUAUUCACAGAUUAUGAGACUUUCCUCUCCCGGAUGACCUUUUACCAACAACCCUUGUUCCAGUGUGAAGUGAGCGGCAAGUCUGGCCUCACCUACAGUGCUGCUCAAGCCUCUGAAUGGAGGGAAGCACGACAGCUACACACUAGAUUCCCGAAGCAACUCAAAAAGGCUGUUUUGAUCGCCAUUCAAUUUCAGAUCGAGGGCAAGCUGGACACGCUGGCGGACAAGAUAUUUGAGCGUUAUGUCAACCGAUUUUUUGAUGAAGAAUGCGUCUUUGUCGACGUUGAAGGAGACAAAUAUCUCGCCCGAAUUGUCAAGACCUUCCCACCACGGUCCCUCGCAGCUUCGACUUCCUCCUCUCCCGUGUCCAGUCUCAAAUCGCUGCCUAGAUACCACCCUUACGCCGCCGAUCUCAAUCUCUCAUUGGAGGAGGCCAAUGAAAAAGAUGAUCCCAUGGCCUACUUUUACAACGUCAGGCUGUUGGAAGAGGGCGCUCCGACAGAUCAUGACCAGGCCCAGACAAAGCAACACACUAACAGCGAUGAUGCCGAGGAGCAAUGGCAAGGUAGUACGAUGGAAGUACGGGCGGACAAGAUCAGCCGAGAUCGAAUCAACUUCUCACGAGUUAUGCUGAAGCGGUUCAUUCGAGAUUGUGUUUAUCGAGAUCCUGCCAUCUUUUCGCCUUGGGUGAUCAAACCUGCCGUAGCGGCUCGCUAUGACAUCUCGACUGAGAUGCCGUCAGAUGUCGGACAGCGGAUCCAAAGAUUUAAAGAGGAGCUGAUGGACAAGAGGAAAAGGGCAAGGGAUGAAAAGUUGGGGAUUGUAGAAGAAGAGAAGCCGACAGAGGAGGAUAUCAAGCCCAAGACGAAGAAGCAGAGGCUGGCAGAGGAACGUCGUUUACGUGAGGAAGAAAAGGCACGCGAAGAGGCUCUCAAGAAGAAACCGAUGAAAUUUCCGGCAGAGGAUCUUUUGGUCGAGUAUUCUCAAGAUAAGGACGAGCCAGCGGGUCGGGUCGAAGUUCGACCGACCCCGAACAGAGAUCUGCCGUUUGGCGACUUGUUCGAGAAGUUUCUCAUGUCCUGGUCUUUCCUCAAUGUCAUGGGGAAACCGCUGGCACUAUCACCGUUUACCUUGGACGAUUACGAGCAGGCUCUGUACCACACCGACCCAUGGACGUCUCCUACGAAGCUCAUGGUCGAGAUACAUUCGACGCUCUUGAACGCCCUGAUCGUGGAUCAGAAUGCCGGCAAUGAAGCUGUUAAGCCAUUAUCCUUGACGGGGCGCACCGAGGACAAUGACACAGAUUAUUGGGAGGGUAAAAAGGGGGCCACGGCCGAAUUGUUGCGACCAGCUGCGAGCGAUUACGCCUCGAAUUGGAAGACCAAGGAGCUGUCGAUCAAGGAAAGCCGCAAAGGCUGGGAGAAUGCUCUGGUGGGAUGCUUAUGGGAGCGAGCAACACUGGAUACCUUGCCGAACUACCUCGACAACAUCCUACACUUGACAUUCGAAGACAAGCCAGCCCCAACCCGUCCGACUUGGUCUACUGGUCCUGCGACUGCGGCUUCGGGUCAUGGUCUGAUACCCUCCAAGCCCGAGAAACGAUAUUCGACGUUGCACCAUGUUCACAAGCUUGAAAUCAUCUCGUUCUUAAUCGAACUGGUGGCGCAGACUGCGAGUAUCAGGGACUUUAUGGAGCAGAGCACGACAGAUUUGACAGAAGUCAGGAAGAAUAUCAUCGACGUCAAGAGGGAGCAGAGGCAGCUCCGCGCCGAGAGAGCUGCUCUCGAUCCGCCGACCAAACCGAAGCUCGAAAAUGGCGAGCCGGUCAUCGAUGCCAACGGAGACGUCGUUAUGAGCGAUGCGGUUAAGGAGGAGGAACGUGACACUCCCGCGCCAUCUGUCAACGGGGUUGCCAACGGGACCACUUCUAACGCCACAGACAGAGAUGAGCUAGAAUCCUCGAUUGGCCCAGCACAGGACGACGAAGAUUCCGAUUCGUUCACCGAACCGGCGCUCUCCGAACAGGAGGAUGGACCUAUCGUCGCCGCAGCUCAUCGCCGCAAAGCCAUGAAGGAGAAAGCGGCGGAACGCGAAGCUGAGGAGGCGAACCGUGCAGCUCGAGCGGCUGAAGACCGAUUGAAGUCAAAAGAGAACAAGCACAUCGCUUCAGAGAAGCGGAGAUUACAGGACGAGAUUGACAGCAUGACACACAAGCUUCGCUUGCUCGACCACGAUUUCCGAUCACACUUGCAGACUUUACGCGCGAGACCACUCGGUUCAGACAGAUUCGGGAACAAGGUCUGGUGGCUGGAUGGUUUGGGCUCGGCGCCGUUGAUGGGAGAUAAUGGAAAAGUCACUUACGGUACCGGGAGGCUCUAUCUUCAAGGUGCAGACGAUAUCGAGGUCGAGUUCUGUCGGAUCCCUGCGGAAAUGUCAGAGACGGACUGUGAAGCUAGACGAGCGAAAGAAGAAGGCGAUGGGAGAUUGUCACCUGGCGAAUGGGCCAUGUACGAUAGCCCAGAAUCUUUCGCCGCCUUCAUGUCGUGGCUGAAUCCAAGAGGGAUCCGCGAGCUGGCACUCCUCAAAGUCCUACAACAGUGGCAGCCUGAAAUCGAAGGCGGUAUGCGUAAACGGAGGAUAGCGGUUGGUCUGGAUACGCCUCCAGAGACUGGUGAAGAGCCAGCGAGGCGGGCCAGACCAGUUCGCAAGGUCGCUGCUGCGGGAGGGGACGAUGAGACUUCAGGUUAUCUCGCGUGGAGGAAUCGGCGCGCCGUGUGA